UUUCAGAUUGCAUGGUGAAAAUAAGUACAGCACCACGAUGAUUUGCUAGGUGUUUUGUCAGACUCCACAAAGACAAAUAAAGCAACCAAGAUAACAUGAUCAGAGGAUGCUCACAGACAAGAACAUGUAUGACGUGCCAUAAUACCAUCUACUCCUCGGUUGUCCACAAACUAACUCUCUACUGAAUGGUUCAUUUAGUCUCCUGGGGAUGGCUGCCGACACCAACAUCUUCACCGAUAAGCAGACCAAUAACUGGUUCAAAGCGUGCAUUGCCCUCAAUUUGACAAAGGAUGGAUUGACUGACUUUGUUGUGACAGAAUUAUUAAACGUCCAAACAAUAGUUGGUAGAAGUUGUGGACAAUGCUUUAUUCAAAACCUUAUACCGUGUUCAACUCAGUACGUGUGUAAAAAGAGGAAAGGAAAUAACUGUUCUUUCCACAAUUCACAACAACGCAAGUCAUGCCAAACAUGUGAUAAAGUGAAACAAGAUAUCACAUUGUUACACAGAUUUGAACGUCCUAGCUGGGCAAACACUAAAGCUGAAUUAUGGGUGACGGAUCCGUGGGAAAUCGGUAAAUGCUACCUCCCACCGGACGGAUAUAGCAGCGUAUCAUCUGUGCAAGAAUCUGACUUCAAUGGUGUGGUUAGCAUUGUGUUGAACUGCAAGCAUUUCGAGACAUGCCUCUCUGCCGCAUGUCUAUCACCGCCGCCGCCUGAUAAGCAAUGCCCGCUAGAAAAGGUCCGACAAAUAGGCCGAGAUGUACGCCACACUGCUGACUGCAAGGUUACAGAUGCUGAUCUGCAGUACUUCUUUCUGACACUGACCAUCCUACUUGCUGAUCCAGUCCGCUUAUUGCAUGAUACCUCAGCGACAGAAGCGCGCAGGAAACUCAGUGAUUUGCAGAAUGAUCGUCUUUCACUUGACGACUUUGGCAAGUUGUUGAAAGAAGCCAAUCAGACCCUCACACAAGCAAAAGAGACCGGGGAACGUUUUUCCAAAGAGGCUGAAAGGACCCUACAUGAAGGUCUGAAUACCUUAGAGGCUACAAUAAAGGCUGGAAAAGAUCGCAUUGAAAACCAGGCACAGGCAGGAGAAAAACGCAUUGAAAUUAAGACACAAGAAAGCAUCAACCUCAUAAAUCGAACUGUGAUUGAAAAGGAGCAAGACAAAUACGAGCGAGGAGUAGCAGAAUUGAUCAAAGAUAUGAAGAAGUUUUACAACGACAACUUAAGUCACGUGCCUAUAUCUCCAUUGAAUGACAACGUCGAUGAAAAAUUACUUGACCUGUAUAUGUCGCCAAAAAUUUUCUCAAUGUGCAAGGACAAAGGGGCCUUUACACAAAAGAACAAACGGGUAACGAAAUACAAAGAUGUGUUUCAAACAGAUAACAAAAUGAACCGACGAAUAUUUCUUCAAGGUGAGGCGGGGUCAGGUAAAACAACAUUCUUGGGAAAAUUGGCCCUGGAAUGGUGUAAGUCCACGUCUAGUCAUAUGGAGUCUUCAAAAAACACAGAUUUAAAAACAAUUGAUGAUCAAAAUAAGUUAAGCUCAUCCUCAACUUAUCAUGAACAAUCGGAUAUGCCAUGUGCAUCGUCUGCAACUAACGACGACUCGGAUACGUCAACUGCAUCCACUGUAACUACUGAACUCUCGAAUAAGUCUAGGGCAUCAUUUGAAACUACUGAAGAAUCUGAUAUUUCUAGCUCAUACGAUUCUUUCUCAGAAGAUAGUGACUCGUCAUGCUACAGCCAGGCUAUUGGUCACACCAAUAACAGCUCAAAUAUAUUUGCUGAUGUGGAUGCUCUUCAAGAUUAUAUUUUCGUAUUCUAUAUUACAUUGAGAAAUUUAGUAAAACGAUUCGAGGUACAUACCAUGAUCAAAGAACAAAUUAUAGACUCAAUUUACUCCGAGGACGACCGUGAGAAGGCGUACAGACUGGUGAAUGAGAUCAUGAAACGUGAACGUUGCUUGGUACUACUUGAUGGUCUAGAUGAGUGGACCGGGUCUGGAGAUCAUCACAACCUACCGACACUGGUAUCAGUUUACAACCAAUGUGUGAUGUUAAUAACAACACGGCCUUGGAAAUUGGCUGAAGGUAAAGUUAAGCAUUCGGAUAUCGACGCAGUGUUUCAACUGGAAGGAAUAAAUGAGCCGUUUGAGCUAAGCAGAAUUAUUCUUAGCCGCUUUGUAGCUAAGGCAGAGCUUGAAAUAAAACAUAAAGCAUAUAAGCAUUACAUACGGAAUCAAAAGCUCCGCAAGUUGAUAUCAUCACCCAUGAUGCUGUCUGUAAUUGUAUGCUCAUAUGCAGAAGGGAUAGAACUUAAAGGCUCUAAGUGUGAAAUAUACAUCCUCUUACUGGAGAGUCUUUUUAAGAAAGCGAACAGUGAAAUGCGUACAUUUGAACAGUCUCCCUCUCCUUGCUUCAGAGGUACUCAGUACAUACAGCCCAAUAUGGAACGUCUGAAUCGCCUUGCUGAAAUGUCAUUUCAUUUGUUGUUUGUAAAUGCAAAAGAAAACUCACUAGUGUUUAAUAUUACAGAGUUGAAGAAAUUCAAGAUGGAUGAACGAAAACAACAGGACUUUGCGCUAAAGUCUGGAAUUUUAUCGGCAAAACUAACUGCCUCUACACUGCGAUCAUUGUCAUCAUUUAUGUUUAUCCACAAGAGCAUGCAGGAAUUCCUCGCGGCGUAUCAUAUCGCCUGCAAUACGAAUCUUAUCGAUGAUAUUAUUUCCAUCUACCUUAACCGUCACCCGAAAGCCUAUCUCGACAUAUCACAGGUGUUUAUAUUCCUGUGUGGACUGGAUAUAUCAUACGCGGAAAAGCUGUCAAGGAUGAUGCAUGAACGACAUGCUUUAGAUACGAACGAGUACUCAAACAAUCACAACAUGUGUAAUAGAAUCGUACUGGCAGGAUAUAGAGAAGCUAAUGACAACGGAUAUUCCGACAUUUCCCUUAAACUCAGUCACUUCUACUUCCAUAACAACAAUAUCAUUGACCUUCAUAAGAUUUGGGAAAAUAACGCGGCUAAUGCCAUUGAGUUGGACGUUUUUAUCAAUGACAUGAAACCCUUUGAAAACCGACGAACAUCACUUGCAAACAACGAGUGCGCAUCUAAGAUUACAUUUGACCUUCAUUCGUGCCUGGAGCUGAAAAUUCUUCGGCUUACUGGACGUUGCAUAUUGGUAAAAGAUUCUGCCAGUGUGGGCACAUUGGAAUUUCCGGUCUGCAUUAUUCUAAAUAUUGCCGAUCCAACCCAGUGCACAGAGCUUCCUCCUGUACUUCCCUCCAUCACAGACAUUCUCUUGUUCAGUGUCACAUGUUCCUGUACCUGGCUACGCAGUCUGCUUAGCAUGAUGCUGACACGUAAUAAUUUUUAUAUGAUCUGUUGGCUGAAAAACUGUCACUUAACUGCGUGUGGAGAGGGCGAAGUCAACACAUCAUACACGACUGGAAACAUAUCUGUAAAAGUAUAUCAAAACAAACACUUAUUAAUAAGCCUAGAUGAUGAUACCGGUCUGUGGGAGAUUCUGCAUGGUCUGAGUAUGAAGAGUCUGAAACUAGAUGGUUGGGAGAGCGGUUUUAGAGUGAAUCAUGAAAAGUCGUUCUCACAGACGAUAGCAUCGCUCUCAAAGCUGGAAGAACUAGAUAUUACAAUGGAUGAAUUGACUCCUUGUCUGUGGGAGGCUCUCCGUGGUCUGAAUAUCAAGAGUCUGACUCUGAGCAGUAAGGAGUGGGGAGAGUUGCAUGCAGAGUCGUUGACUCAGUCGCUAUCAUCGCUCAAGAGGCUGGAAACACUUGCAAUUGUUAUGACUGGAGACAGUCCUGGUCUGUGGAAGGCUCUCCAUGGUCUGAAUAUCAAGAGUUUGAGACUGGAUGGUUGGAAGGGGGAAGGUUUAAGGAUAAAUCAUUCAGAGUCGUUGACUCAGUCGCUAUCAUCGCUCGCACAGAUGGAAAAGCUAACCAUUCACGUUCAAAAAGACAGUCCUUGGGAAGCCCUUUAUGGUCUGAAUAUCAAGUAUCUAAAUCUCAGAAUAGAUGAUAACAGGGGAGAAUUGCAUGAAGAGUCUUUGUCACAAUCACUAUCAUCGCUGAUGAGGCUGCAAAUACUUGAUAUUCAUGUGGCUGAAGAUAUUACUGGUCUUUGGGAGGCUUUCUAUGGCCUUAAUAUCAAGAAGCUGCGUGUGUUUUGUAAGUGUAGAGUAAAGUAUAAAGAGUCGUUGUCUCAUUUGCUACCAUCGCUUACACGGCUGGAAACACUUAGUAUAAAUGCGGGUGAAGCAUGUCCUGGUUUGUGGGAGGCUCUCAAAGGUUUGAGUGUCAAGAGUCUGACUAUUAAAGGUAUGAACGAAGGUUUCGAAUUAAAUCAUACAGAGUUGUUGUCUCAGUCACUAUCAUCACUUACACAGCUUGAAACACUCGGUAUGGAGGUAUGGGAGCACAGUACUGGUAUGUGGGAGGCUAUCCAUACUUUGAAUAUCAAGACUCUGAGUCUGAGUCUAUGGUGGAUUCAGUGGACCGAUUUGCGUACAGAGUCGUUGUCUAAAUUACUUUCAUCGCUCACUUGUCUGGAAACUCUUAAUGUUAGUGUGUAUGCAAAAAUUAGUUGUCCUUGGAAGGCUCUCCAUGGUCUGAAUAUCAAGAGUCUGAGACUGAGUCUGAGUCAUUUUGGUGAAUGUAAAGAUUUGCAAGCAGAGUCGUUGUAUCAGUCAUUAGCAUCGCUCACACAGCUAGAAACGCUUAGUAUUGAAUUAGAUCCAGACAGCCGUGGUCUAUGGAAAGGUCUCCAUUGUCUGAAUAUAAAGAGACUGAGCCUGAAGAGUAGGGAGUGGGGAGGUUUGCAUAAAGAGUUGAUGUCCUUGUCACUAUCAUCGCUCACACAGCUGGACACUCUUUGUAUUGAGAUGGAGUGUGAUAAUCCAGGUCUGUGGGAGGCUGUACAUGGUCUGAACAUUAAAAGUCUGAGUCUCAGUGGUUUUUGGAAACGUACUGGAAUUGACGUGAAGCAUACAUUGUCGAUGGCAAAGACACUUGCAUCGCUCAUUCAUCUAGAAACACUUAGUAUUGAUGUGGAGCAUGAGAGUCUUGGUCUCUGGGAGGCUCUCCAUGGUCAGAAUAUCAAGAGUUUGAGUCUGAGUGGCGUGCGUAAAUCUUCCGGUAUUGAUGUGAAGCAUGCGGACACGUUUUCUCAGUUGCUAUCAUCACUCACACAGCUGAAAACGUUAACACUACAUGUCCAUACAUACAUCGCACUGCAGGUACCUCAAUCAUUGAAGUAUUUAAAUAUCUACUCUGACACAAUGCUUCCAUCCAAAGUGCGCGAACUGGUGGACUCACUGGCUAUAUAUACUCAUUCAAGUGGGAUUAAGCUAGAAUUUGGUUGUGCUUCUAGUAUUGAUCCCCCAGAACGAAUCCCUGUUCAGGAAUACAUUCCAUUUCAACAGGAACUUGCUGCACGGAAGAAUGUUGCAAUGAAACGAUUCCGAAUAUAUGAAUUGCCUGAUUCUGCCGGUUAUGCCAUGUCUGUACGUGACAUUGGUGAUGUUGAUGACGCUGCUAGCAAUAUCCUUGAAGAUGAUGUUUAUAAAAGAUUUGCUAAAUAUAUCGAUCGUUACAUAAUCAAUCGAAUUUCAAUACUCAUUGAGAUAAGUCCAGGCUCACUAUCUUAAAUUAGUGUUUGUUUUUUAUGGAUGCUAUAUUAAUAUGAACCUGGUUGUAUUUUAAAUUUAUAUUGUAACAACUGAAACUGUUUUGACAUGUGGCGUAUAAUACUUUUUUAUGUUGUUUCUCUAUACAUGAAAUUGAGCUAUAACAUAUACUAGCUUAAUGUGUUGUUGACUUUUCGACGAUAGGUGUUACAAGAAAAUAUGGUAGAAACACAUUAUCUUCCUAUGUCAAAACGGUCUUAGUCUAAUGAAUGUUGACAUUCAUUCACAACACUAUAUACAUAUGCUCAUCUCAAUGUUAAAAGAGAUAUUUCGCCGGAGCUUUUCUCUUAUAUGUAGUAAUUAUUAAAAUCAACACAAUUGUGUAAAUACGGCUCCUAAGUCGUUAAUGCCUUGAGAUUAAAAUCAGUGAACAACAUAAUGUUUAUUUUUGCUACCGAGCAAGUGACAAACUACUAAACGAAAUAAAACUGUAGACAGAUA